CAUCCAUCAUCAGUUAUACAAGAAUCCGACGUGGUCUUUUGGGCUCCUCUGCUUCUCCACCAUCUCGCUUUCUGAUUCAAGUAGCGUUUCGGACACCGGAUUCACAAUGUUCGGAGCUCUGAAUAGGUUCAUUGGUCGUUUGGACUCGGAGCCCGUUCCUCAGCCGUCGCGACAUGACAAUGCCUUUGGAUUCCAGGUCCUCCGCAAUAAGGACCCUGAGCUGCCUUUGGAGCCAUGGUUUGAUUUUAUUAUUGGGAUUAACGGGCGUUUGAUUGAUGACCCCGACCCGAACCUCUUUGCGACGGAAGUCCGCAAUUGCGCAGGAUCACGAGUGACCUUUACAAUCUGGAGCGCAAAGGGCCAAAAAACACACACAGUUGCGAUCCCAAUUCCCCCAUCCAACCCAACCCUGGGUCUCGCCCUGCAGCUCGCCCCGCUCUCCUCCACCCAAAACAUCUGGCACGUCCUCUCUAUCCCGUCCCCAUUAAGUCCGGCCUACCGCGCCGGGCUCCUUCCCCACUCAGACUACAUUAUCGGCACCCCCAGCGGGACCCUACGAGGCGAGGCCGCCCUGGGCGAACUCGUCGAAGACCAUCUUGACCGAACACUAGUGUUAUGGGUGUAUAAUAGCGAGUUUGAUGUCGUGCGCACGGUCGACCUGGUACCGACGCGCGGCUGGGGCGGCGAGGGCGCCCUGGGCGCAGAGUUGGGCUAUGGCGCUCUGCACCGAUUACCUGUUGGAUUAGGCGAGGAGGUGGAGGGACCUGGUGAAGUGGUAUUUGAAACGAAGGCAGAUGGGACUUCUACGCCGGUUUUUGAUACAGUGGGUGUGAAUACGAAUAUGAUUAUGAAUACGAAUCUAGAUGCUGGAGUCGGAGCCGGAGCUGGAGCCGGAGCUGGCAUUACACCGCAGUUCCUUGUUCCUGCGAACAUGACCUCGCCGCCCCCUUGGGCGGGUACUGCGUCUGCUACACCUCCUCCUCCUCCUCCUGCUGCUGCUGCUACAGCUGCUACAGCUCCUGCGGGGGCAUCACACCACCAUGGAAGGAAGCUGCGAGGGACGGCUCGAGCCUCGCCACACAAAGCUUUUGACGAUUAUUUUGCCGAGGGGGAGCAGAAGAGUAAAGAGGAAGAUCGUGUACCGUCGCGGAGGGGAACACCGCUACCUCCGCCGCCCAAGGCUGGGCCGCCACGGGAGGAGCGGAAGGAGUCGGAAUAGACAGCGAGCAAAGGAUACAAUGAUACUGAAUUUACAAG